CCCUCUGACACAGCACAAAACCAUGUUUUUCAUGGUGGAAUACACCACCUGACCAAAACUAAAUUACAGAAUUUGGACUGUCUGUCCUGCCUUCAGUGUUUCAGCACUCUUACCUUGCAUUCGUAUAGUAGCAGUUAGUACUGAUAAUGUCACCAGGAGCAUUGUGGAUUAUUACCAUGUCUGGGAUAUGUGUAGUUAUUCAGAGUUCAGAAGUUCAUCUGAGGAACAUGGAGCAUUUUAUAACGGCUGUUACACACUUAGAAGAUUUAAACCCAGGAAUAAGUCCACUGGCUUUAGUGACAAGUCUAAACAAAAUUGCAGACAGGAGUGUCAAUGUCACACUUGACUUUAUGGGAUCAUCUAACAAUGACGAUGAUAUUCACUGCAGAAAUGACAGUUUUAUCACAGAGCAGCUGAAUACAAACCACAAUCUCUCCCAUUUCUUGAAAAAACUCAUUCAUCAUUUCAUAACAGAUGAUCACGAAGAGAGGGGAGUUGUUCUGACUCCCGAUGGCACAACAGUUGCUCUUGCUCCUCUCCUUUUAGGACUUCAAUAUGGGCUACAGGCUAACAAGGACAGUAACCAACCUCAUGGUUUCUACCUACUCUCACUGGCCAAGUACUUAGCCACGUCACUUCUGCAGUUUGAGAAUGCUACUCCAUCUGAGCGAUUCAGCCUGGAUGGUUGUUGGGACAGUGUAUCUGCUCCCAUGGUUUUUACUCUUUCAGGCAUGCCAUCCUUGGCCACUGAUGCUCUGGUCCAUGGCGGAAUGGAUGGAGCCAUACUUGGGAAGCAUCUUUCUGUUGUUAACUGUUCUGAAGUGAAUUUAAGCACACUACUGAAGAGCUACUAUUUAAGGACUGUGGAAGAGUUGGAUCAUGUCUCAGAUACUCACCUGAGGGGCCGCUAUCGCAGAAAGAAUUUUAAAAAGAUCACAAAUUCAUCACUGCUCCAAGAGAAGGUAGCAGAAGCACUACAUAGUCAUCCACAGAAAGGAAACCUUGUGGUUGAGAGUCUAAUAGAAAAAGGAAUUAAAGAGUUUAUGCCACGUUAUAUGGAGUGUCCUGCCAUCAUUCCAAGAUGUAUGUGGGGAGCAGCACUGCCCCGGGUUCCUCUCAGCCCUCUGUCUCCACCACUGCCAUUUCUGUAUAUUCACCACACAGAGAUUCCUAGCAAACCCUGUCGAAAUCUUCAGAUGUGUUCCAAAAAUAUGAGGGCGAUGCAACAUUUCCACCAGAAGGGGCGGGGUUGGUUUGACAUCGGCUACAGCUUUGUUGUUGGAUCGGAUGGCUACAUCUACGAAGGUCGAGGCUGGACGUCAGUAGGGGCUCAUACUAAAGGACGGAAUACUGUUGGGUAUGGUGUUGCUUUCAUUGGUAACUACACUGCUCAUUUACCCUCCCAAUAUGACAUGGAGCUAUUGCACCAUCAUCUGGUCAAAUGUGGAGUGAGCAAUGGAUUUCUGCAGAAGAAUUUUACCAUUUUGGGACACAGACAAGUAGUAGCAACCACGAAGUGUCCAGGGGAUUCACUGUAUUCUGAGAUAACAACCUGGGAGCACUAUAAAGAUACGGAUCCUUUUCGGUAACAGUGUGGACAUCUGCUGACACUGACAUGACAAUGCAAGACAGCUGUAAUGACCACAACAAUGAAACUCACUAAUUAGCAUGACAAAUAAUAUUAUUUUAAAAUAUAAUUUAAAAGUUAAAGGGUUGCCACUUAGAUGUACGAUUAUCAGCAUAAAACAGAACAUUAGCAUUACUUUGUACAUUGGUUGGGAGUCUGUAUGAAACACUGAAAUGUUAUUAUACUAUAUGUAAGUGAGAAUUACAUGUGCCAAAAUAAACAAAGUGAUCU